UAUGUUCCGGUCAAGGGCGACCACGUCAUAGGCAUAGUGACGGCCAAAGCGGGAGACGUGUUUAAGCUGGACGUCGGUGGGAGCGAGCAAGCGUCUCUGUCCUACUUGGCCUUUGAAGGGGCCACGAAGAGGAACAGGCCAAAUGUACAGGUGGGAGAUCUUAUUUAUGGUCAGUUCCUUGUAGCAAAUAAAGACAUGGAACCAGAGAUGGUCUGUAUAGACAGCAGUGGAAGAUCAAGUGGAAUGGGAAUAAUUGGACAAGAUGGUUUCCUCUUCAAAGUUUCCUUGGGUCUAAUAAGAAAACUCUUGGCUCCCAAAUGUGAAAUAAUUCAGGAGUUGUCACAAUUGUACCCAUUUGAGCUGGUGCUGGGAAUGAAUGGAAGAAUAUGGGUAAAAGCUAAAACAGUUCAACAGACUUUAAUUAUAGUAAAUAUUUUGGAAGCCUGUGAGUAUAUGACUGCAGAACAGAGAAAACAAGCACUGGCCAAAUUGUCAGGGAAUUGAUAAGAGAAAACCUUGAGGAUUUGAGAUGACUGUAGAGUGUCUUGAUUAUUUUUGUAUUCAGAUUUAUAUUAAAA